GGGAGGCAGGCGGGACCCAGCCCCGCCGCCAGCCCCACUUUUGUGGUGCCGCCGCCGCCGUCUCCCCUUUUCUCCGCGGGGCUGGCCGCGGGGCGAGCGAUGCUCCGGACUCCCUGAGCCGCUGCACCGCCACCGUCGGCCAAGUCGCCCCGCGGAGCUGCGGGCCGGAGCGGCGGUUCCCUCCCUCCCGCCCUCCCUCCUCUGCCCACGGCCGCGCGGAGGUUGCGCAGGAUGCCGCGGAGGGGCGCGGAGGCGCCGCUGGCCCUGCUGCUGGCGGCAGCGUGGCUGGCGCAGCCCCUGCGCGGUGGCUACCACGGCGUGAGCAUGUUCGCCGUGCAGACUGCCCAGCCCGACCCCUGCUACGACGAGCACGGGUUGCCCCGCCGCUGCAUCCCCGACUUCGUUAACUCGGCCUUCGGGAAGGAGGUGAAAGUGUCGAGCACCUGCGGGAAGCCGCCGUCGCGGUACUGCGUGGUGACGGAGAAGGGCGAGGAGCAGAUCCGCUCCUGCCACCUCUGCAACGCCUCCGACCCCAAGCGCGCCCACCCGCCCUCCUUCCUCACCGACCUCAACAACCCGCACAACCUGACCUGCUGGCAGUCCGAUAGCUACGUCCAGUACCCCCAUAACGUCACCCUUACCCUCUCCCUGGGCAAGAAAUUCGAGGUGACCUACGUCAGCCUGCAGUUCUGCUCUCCGCGCCCCGAGUCCAUGGCCAUCCACAAGUCCAUGGACUACGGCAAGACCUGGGUGCCUUUCCAGUUCUACUCCACGCAGUGCCGCAAGAUGUACAACAAGCCCAACCGGGCGGCCAUCACCAAGCAGAACGAGCAGGAGGCGGUCUGCACCGACUCGCACACCGACGUGCGGCCCCUCUCUGGCGGCCUCAUCGCCUUCAGCACCCUGGACGGCCGCCCCACCGCCCACGACUUCGACAACUCGCCCGUCCUGCAGGACUGGGUGACGGCCACCGACAUCAGGGUGACCUUCAGCCGCCUCCACACCUUCGGCGACGAGAGUGAGGAUGACUCCGAGCUGGCCCGAGAUUCGUAUUUCUACGCCGUCUCCGACUUGCAGGUCGGCGGGCGAUGCAAGUGCAACGGCCACGCGUCGCGCUGCGUCCGGGACCGCGACGACAGCCUGGUGUGCGACUGCAAGCACAACACGGCCGGUCCCGAGUGCGACCGCUGCAAGCCCUUCCAUUACGACAGGCCUUGGCAGAGAGCGACGGCCCGGGAGGCCAACGAGUGCGUGGCCUGCAACUGCAACCUGCACGCCCGGCGCUGCCGCUUCAACAUGGAGCUGUACAAGCUGUCGGGGCGCAAGAGCGGCGGCGUCUGCCUCAACUGCCGGCACAACACGGCGGGGCGGCACUGCCACUACUGCAAGGAGGGCUUCUACAGGGACCUCAGCAAGCCCAUCUCCCACCGCAAGGCCUGCAAAGAGUGUGACUGCCAUCCCGUGGGCGCCGCUGGCCAAACCUGUAACCAGACCACAGGCCAAUGUCCCUGUAAAGACGGUGUCACCGGCAUCACCUGCAACCGAUGCGCCAAAGGCUACCAGCAGAGCCGCUCUCCCAUUGCCCCCUGCAUAAAGAUCCCUGCUGCCCCCCCCCCCACCACUGCCAGCAGCACAGAGGAGCCUGCAGAUUGUGACUCAUACUGCAAAGCCUCUAAGGGGAAACUGAAGAUCAACAUGAAGAAGUACUGUAAGAAAGACUAUGCUGUCCAGAUCCACAUCCUGAAAGCAGAAAAAAACGCCGACUGGUGGAAGUUCACAGUCAACAUCAUCUCUGUCUACAAACAAGGCAGCAACCGCAUCCGGCGUGGAGACCAGACCCUGUGGAUCCACUCCAAGGACAUCGCGUGCAAGUGCCCCAAAAUCAAACCCAUGAAGAAAUAUUUGCUGCUGGGCAACAACGAGGACUCUCCUGACCAGAGUGGCAUCAUUGCGGACAAAACCAGCCUGGUGAUCCAGUGGCGGGACACGUGGGCGCGGCGGCUCAGGAAGUUCCAGCAGCGGGAGAAGAAAGGGAAGUGCAAGAAAGCCUAAAAGGAGGAGAAGGCAACGGAGGGCGCGGGAGAGAGUGACUGUGCAUGCUGCUUUGUGUAGGCCUGGGGUGGGCACGGGCCACGGCGGGGGCAGAAGGUCCUGCUGUUGUGGUGGGAUGUGGGUGGGACAGGAUGGGACAGUGAUGACGGCUGUGGGGCUGCCAGGUUGGCACUUCAUAUUCUGGGAGAAAACGCACCAAAACACAACCAAAACCAACGGGGCAUCUGGAUAUCACAGAGAGGAGGGUGGGGAUGGGCAGCACCCAGCAUCCCCACUCAGCUUCUUCCUGCCGUAUCGGCUGAAGAAACCAGAGACACCUGCCUGCCUUCCAGCUGCUAACAUCUGGUGCUACCAAAGCACGGCACUGGAACACCAAUCCUGAUGGGAACUAUCAAUAGCAAAGCUGGAACUUCACCCCCCUCCCCAAAAUGCAUAUUGUCAUCUUAGGUUGAACAAGGCAGUUAUGGUAGAGGAACCAAACAGAGACUUAUCACUGAGGACAGAGUUGAGGAGCAACUACUAUGGGUUAUUUGAAGACUCUUUGGUGUCCAAUAGCUGUGACUGUCACCUGCUGUUGGGAGUGGCCAACGUCUCCAGCCAUGGCCAUGGUCUGAUCCCCAGUUAGGCACAGCAAAGAGGAGACCACAUUUGUGGGUGACUUCCACAUAGGUGUAACUUGGGGAGCGACUCCUUGCUCCAGCCUCCACCCCUGAGGAGCAUUUACCCUGUCAUGCUGAAGGAGCAUGAGUCCAUGGAGUGCCUUGGCCCCCUCCCAGCCACAGAUUCCAGCCAAGAAGUCAGUAACUAAGAUCCUGAAGGAAACACCCAGGCUUCACAAAAAAAUAACUUGACAUUCAGUUCCUGGAGCUGCCCUGGAAGAUCUCACCUCGUACAGUCCCUGAGUUUCCACUGUGGCCAACCCUGAGACCUUCUUCCUGGGCCUGGUCCUCUCUGUCUCCAUCAGCACAUUGAUGAACCCUCACACAAUAGAAAAUCCAUGUGGGUGACACCACCAUCUUCGUGGUGGUUCCACUCCCAGACUCACACCAGCUCUGCCCUUGUUCCUUCUAGAGCUGGAGCUCCCUGGCAUCCCUGCAGAAGGUGGCCAACCCACUUAGGAGACACAGGAGGUGGGACAGAGAGUGACAAAGGACUGUCCCCAUGGGCAGCUGGGCCAGCAAAGAGCAAGCAACCUGCUCCAAGGGAAACAGAGAAGACCAGCAAAGAAGACCUGCUCCCUGCUCUCAGUCAGGGACUGGAUGAACAAGGUGUGACUCCCCCCCAUGGAGCUCUCCUUCUUCUGCUGGGGUUGAAAACCAGCAGACCUAAAAUUCCCAGUCUCUGGCUGCUGAUGCCCUCAGCAAGGUACCAGCUGCCCCACCUCCACCUCACUCCCUGUGCCCAGCCUGAGGGCUGGUGCAUUUUUCUCCAGGGCACUACAGGGCCAGGACUGGCUGUUGUUUGUCACUCAGAGAUUGUGUCCCCUUGCCAGGCUGCUCCUCUGCUAGCCCAGCCCAGAAGGAAGGAGGAAAUCUGAGCUCAGCUAAUUGAUGGAGACAGGCAGGAGAGGCAGGGAGGGCAGGACGGGUACCUGGAGGAGAAGCAAACAUGAGUCACUAUGAAAAGCAAAACCUCCUUGAUAUUUUUCCUUUUAGGAAACUUGGAAACAUCUCUUUUAUGACAUUUUCCAGUGGUUUUGCCUUGUUUUAUAGCAAUUGACAAUAUUUAUAUAAUGACAUAAACCACCAUAAAGCGAGGCAGCCAUGUCAAUAGGUGUGAAGUGGAGGGCUCCCAGGGAAGCACCAGCCAGGGAGAAAGUUCUGCUGAACCUCUGGCAACUGCAAAGCCCCUCUGGAAUUAACUGGGGUUUGAGGAGAGAAAUCCCACCCUGCAUAUCAAGCAACCCCCUCCCCCUCAAUCUAUAUUUUCUCCCCUUACCCAGAGCAAACCUUGUUUUCCUUACUUCAGAGCCAACAGCUUUGCAGCCAAGGGAACCAAGGCACCAUUUUGAAGGCUAAAAUCUGAUAUCAAAUGUCUACAGAGGGUCUUGAAGCCCCAGAGUCGGGCUUGGACACUCUCCUGCAGGUAACAACACCUGAUGGCUGGGACACCCAACACUGGUUUGGGAACAGUUUGUCCUCGGUCAGGUGGGAUGCCCUUGAACCACAGGAGACCUUCAAAUGGCCUAAAAGCAACAGGAUCCAACACAGAGGCAGAGAGUGAAGGCAAGGCCAGGGGACAUGGGGACUUGUGGACUGCCCACCAAGCACUCCUGGACACCCAACCCUUACUUCUGUUUUCCAAACUCGGCAAACCCUUGCCAGCACAGUCUUGACACACCUUAGGCCCCUCCAGGGACAAGCCCCAGACCCUUCUCCCAUCCCACCAGGCCUGGAAGCUGCGGAAGAAACUGCCCAACCCACCCCAUGGCCAGACCCCUCCAGGCACAGACAAAACCUGGGAAAUCAGAAAGAACUAGAGUUUGCACAAAACAACUCUGACACCACAGCCAGAAGCAAAGUCCCUGCCCUCAUCCCAACAGAACCCUGUCCCACCAGGACCCCGUCCCUCAAUCCCUCUUGGAGUUUUGUGCUUUCCAACCAGACUAGAGAAGCCCCUUUGCUCCAUCCACAGUCCCCCAGUGCCCCCCCAAUAACCUCAACCUGCAGGAGUAGUUGGUGUAACUCGUACACAGCCCAAGGGAUGCAACUCUUCCCUGCAGCCACCCCUGCUCCAGGACAUCUCCCAGGGGAGACCUGCAGCCUGUCACUCCCAGAGGGAUGAGAUGUCCACCCUAAACACCAACCUCCAUGUCCGGGGCUGUGGUUCUGUUGGGGUCACAACCAAUGAGGUGCCCAAAUGCCCACCCACUGCCCCAGGGACAGGGACGAGGUCCCUGGUGAGGCCAGGGGGUGUCUGGGGAAGGGGCUGUGGGACCUUCAGCGUGGCUUUGGAGAGCAGCUGAGAUGCCAAAACAAUCAUCACUCCAUGGUAGCACCUGGCAAACAUCGUUCCGUCUCGUUUCUGUCCGUUCCGUCGUGUCCGUGCCCUCUCCCCACACACCCACCUCUUCCCCCCUCACAAAACCUGUGUUUGUUUUGGGGUUUGUUUGGGUUUUGUUUGGUGGUUUUUUUGUUUUGUUUUGUUUGUUUGUUUUUUUAAUUUCUGUUAAUAUCUUGAACUGUAAAUGUUUAGUUCUGACCAUUGCAUCCUGCUUUGGGCGAUGUUUCUUUACAAUGCAUACUAAUAUAUUAUGGUUAUUAUAUAUGAAUAUAUUUAAUGACAAGUGAAAAAGUUGUGGAUUUUCUUAUUGUUUUUCCAAGUUUUUUUUUGUUUUCUUUUUUUCCUUUUUUUUUUCUUCCCUCUUCAUUUGAUUGUUGCGUUAGAUUGGCUGUAAUUGAACCUGAAGGAGCUUGUAACUGUUCAGCACCCACUUGGUAGGACUAAAGUCAGAAAACAGUUGAAUAAACUCUUGUAAACUGUAAAA